GAAUAUCCUAACUCUAGUUCGCAGCGUGUGAGGACAUCUCUACAAACUCAAGAUGUAACAUAAUACUCCGUGUUAGAAAAUGUUUGUGGUCUUCGGUCUCCCCUGUCAUAAUAAAUAACUGAAACUGAAAUUUUCCAUGCGCUGUCUUUUUAAUAUAUUUUGGUUCCUUUUUUUUAACAACAUAAUAUUUAUGAGUAUUUUGACGGAGUUAUUUAUUUUUCUAGAUUUUCCAUCGUAAAUAUUGUUAUUGACCUUCCUCUCUAUGCCGCAGUUUGAAUUUGCUUCGUCCCUUUAAAAUUCACGAUGACCGAACGUCGGACCAGUCAAGCGACAUCAGAACCAUGGACAAAAACAAGAAAAGGCAAGAAGACAACAGUGCUCGAUAUAAAUGCGAGUACGAGGGUUGUGAACGAACAUACAGUACAGUCGGCAACUUAAGGACACAUAUGAAAACACACAAAGGUGAAUACAGGUUCAAAUGUCCCAUGCAGUCAUGUAACAAAGCAUUUCUCACGUCAUACAGUCUCAAGAUCCACGUCAGAGCACACACCAAGUCAAAGCCCUUUGCUUGCACCAUAGGAGGAUGCAGAAAGGCAUUUAACACACUGUACAGACUACGCGCUCACCAAAGACUUCACAGCGGAGACACGUUUAACUGCAAGGCUGACGGCUGUACAAAGUUCUUCACGACACUCAGCGACCUGAAGAAACACAUCCGAACUCACACGCAGGAGAGACCAUACAAAUGCAAGACGGACGGUUGCGGCAAAUCGUUCACGGCAUCGCAUCAUCUGAAGGCUCAUUCACGAACACACUCAGGGUCUAGACCACACGCCUGCGCAUCACCAGGAUGUGGGAGGGUCUUCUCCACUCCCACCAGUCUCCGAGCUCAUGCCAAGAAACAUCAGAUGGAAGCAGAAACACCGACAGCAACAGUGAUCGAAACGUCGAACCCAACAAAACCAGUUCAAGACCUAAUGAACUGGGAAGGUCUCCUUGAGUCCUUCGGACGAAUAACCACAGAAUCCAACUCUACCGACGGCAGUUUAGAAGACAUCACGACUGUCAAUGCUUUACACAACGAUGCCGUAGAUAUAACCGAACUGCUAUUCGAUAAUGCAACUAACACAUCGACGCAUAGUACUAACAACUUACCCGUAGAAUACGAUUUAACCAAUCUAGGAGCAAUAUCACCCUUCGCAGUAGAUAAGAAUGACAAAAAAGAUACUAACGAAAAUUCUUGGACAAAUAUUGGUGUGUUGCCAAUUUCAUUACCGCCACAACCUAUGCAAGUUGGAAAAUUCGAAGGAGAAUCUAGGGCUAUAGAAUUAGCUCUUGCCAAUGAGAUAGAGGUUCAAGCUCCGUGGGUAGACGUCAGUGCCCUAGCGGCUUCUAUAUCAGAAACACCAGUUUGCAUCAAAGAGAAAACACCAGAAAGCAUCUUUACGCUUGCUACCUUUGUUCCAACUCAUAUGCAGAGCUACAUAGACUUGAAUCAAGAAGUCACACCCACUGCAAAUCUUAUGUCACAAAAUUCUUACGAUUUGAAUACUCCAACAAUAUUAGAUGUUGACGCGAAAAUAUUUAAUGACAGCCAGCUGAUCUCAAAUAUUGAACCGAGUAAACUCGACACAGAAAUAGAGAGCUUCUUGACAGAUUCAGAUUCACAAGACAGGUCGCUAAAUACUCCUCCUCCAACAAAAACAGAACUGAACGCGAAAAUAGAUACUGAUAAUGCCAAUAUUUUUGACAGCAACUUUUUGAAUACUCCUGAUCCUAAUGAAAAUACUGCUAAUCCUUUAUCUAGUAUAGCACAGAAGACAGAGAUCAACCUGUCGGACCCAAUUUUAUUUGCAGACAAUUUUUUGAAAGCUCCUGAGGAUGAUGUUGACAGGUUAUUGAAUACGCCACCCUCUCCUAAAGUACAUCAAAAAAUAGAAAUAAACCCAGCUAUAUCAGUUUUGUUUAACACAGAUUUAGCUUUAGAAGAUACUUUACUUUUCGACAAUGAGCCUGCCUCAGAUAUGUACGUUGUAAGAACGGAGAACAUAUUUGGCAAGGAAAUGGCUAAACGCAAUGCUUUAAAACAGUUAGCAGCUGACGCUGGUAUAUGCGCGUGUGCAGAAUGUAAAUGUGAUUCAUUAAAUGGGGAAUGUAGAAACUGCUCACAUGCAGAAACUCAUAAACCGCAAGCAUGUACAGAUGAUACAUGUACAUGUGUCGAUUGCAAAUGUGACCACGCAACUAUGAAAUGCGCCGUAGGUUGUGGUAAAGCAACGGACGACAAUCAUAACACGUUCUUACAUUACCACCGCAGGCAUAAGAACUGUAAUUUAGAAGAACUUGGUGUCUACACUCAGCAAGAAUACGAUGAAGAUAACAGUGUUAUAGAUAGCUUGAAAUGUUCUUGCAAAAGUGGUCCGGACAAGAGUUGUUGCGGUACAAAUAAAGAGAGUUCGUCCAAAUCUGAUUCAUGUUGUGGUAAUAAUAACAACGAUAAAAAAUCGUGCUGCGUGACAAUAUGUUUUAAGAAGUUGGACGCAUUCAAACAGUUUUUGUCGGACAAUGAUUUACUCCAUGCAUUGAAAGCGCACAACUUCAACCUAACCACGAGCUUGUAGUUAGUCGCUUCAUAAACGCUGCAUUUAAUAUUGUACAAACAUAAUGUAUUGCCAUAAUUUCAUUUGUUGAAUUUUAAGCACUAUUUAUAAUUAUUAAGCGAUAUUCAUUGUUAUAUGGGUAAACGUAUUUGUAUGUGCCAUUUGAAUAGAUUUUAAUAUUUAUAUUAUAUGUUGGAGAUAUUUAAAUAUAUAAUAAAACUGAUAGUAAACUUAUAGGGUUCCUUUGCAAACUUAUGAAUAAAUUAAAUAAUUAUUGAUGGUGUAAUUUGUAUAAAGAUGUACUUUUGUGCAUGGCCAUAUAUAUAAUAUAUAUAUGUCACCGUAAAAUUGUAAAUAACGUUAGAUUAUAAUCUAUCUCGCGAGAUUGUGAACUGUCGAAAAAUUGUGAAACGUAAUAUACUGCUUACAAUUUAACGUAUUAUUAUUCGUCAGAUUAUAAUCUAUCGAAGUAAAACUGUUAAAUCACAAUCUUACAAUUGUCAAAUUGUCAACUGUCCGACGGCUGUCCCUGAUUGGUCGGCCUUACAGUAGACCGUUCUGUGUCCAUAGAGUUAGGAAUAAAACACAGGUGUCAGUCAAAUAAAAUAAAUGCUCUUCAAGAUUGUGAAAUCAAGUACGUAUUUAUUAAUUAUUUAGUAAGUAAUCAAUAAUUCUGACAUCACAUGGUAAGAAAAAAUGUAUCAAAAUUAAAAAAUCUGAAACGUAUCAUUCAGUAUACUUUUCGUGUGUAAGAUAAACAUGCUGGCGGCAUAGGGGUGGCCCAAGGGCCACCCCCGCCGCACCCUAACCUACUGUUAUGCCUUGUAAAAAUUAUGACAAAACACUAUUAUUCUAAAAAAGAAUUAUGGAUAUCUAUUUAUUAAUCCCAAAAAUAAGUUAUACCUAACAAAACAGUAUUCCUAGAUGUUAUUAUGGGAAAGUAAAACUAUUAUGCUAAAAAACGUUAUGCAAAAAGGAUUAUGAUAAUUAAAAUUAUGACAAAAACAUUUAUGCAUUUUAAGAGAAUCCCAAAUUAACAUUAUGCUCACUCUAAUAGUUUUGUAACUCUAUGGUAUAGCACGCGAGGUGCGUUUCGUAUCACAAUUUGACGGUUUCACUUCGAUAAAUUAUAAUCUACCGAAAAAUAAUACGUUAAAUUGUAAGCAAUAUGAUACGAUUCAUAAUUAUUCGACAGUUCACAAUCUCGCGAGAUUCAAAUCGAUAGAUUAUAAUCUAACGUUAUUUACAAUUUUACGGUGACAUAUAUAUAUUAUAAAGUAAAUAAUAUAUUUUAAAUAUUAAGCAAACAAUGGUGCUACUGAUUUAUGAUAUAAUGUGCCUUAAAUGUUGUUAUUGUUGUACUUAUAUUGUGCUUAAAAUGUACAAGAAAUGUUGAAUUUACAAUGAGAAUUUACGAAUUCAGUGUAAUAUGAAGCAAUAUUAUGCUGUAAGAUUUCUAGUCAAUAUAACAAAUAAACGCUUUUUAAAAACUGAAGUGUUUUAUUGUUUAAUUUGUAGAGAAUACAACAUUGUGAGUAUUGAUGACAUCGAGAUCUUUUAUAAUUAAUUUAAUGUAUAUUUUUUCUAAAUACAAAACUAUGUUAUACAUUUUACUAACGUAAUAUUAUGUACCAUACAGUAUAUUACUAAAAACCUAUACUUAUUCUACACAUGUAUAAAAGAACAAUUCAUACAUUUCCCGGUCAGAGUCUUCAUACUUAUUAACAAUAUGGAUUCCAACUGUAUGUCUUUUAAAGUUAUGUGUAUUAAUUUUAUGUCUUUUUUAUUUAUGCAUAUUAUGAAUAUGGACCUGUAACUAUCUCUGACACAAACCGGAAAGUGUGCAACCCUCCACAUCUACUAGUUACUACAAAAUGUAAAUAAUAAAAAAAUAAAGUAAAUAAAUAUCCAA